GAGGUUUAAUGUCCGCCAUGUUGGCCGUGGCGUAUUGAGCGGAGCCGGAGCGGCGGAGGAGCGGAGCCAGCGCCCAGCCCAGCCGGCGCCGCCGGGCCCCGUGUCGGAGCGCGCCCCGCCCCGCCGGGGGAGCCGCGGUCUCUCCAUGAGAGCGCUCGGCGGGGUCCGGCUCUCAGCUCGGAGCGCUCUUGCUGUCGCCCCCCCCUCCCCAGCCGGAGCCGCCAUCGCCGCCUAACAUGAGCAAACUGUCGUUCCGGGCCCGGGCGCUGGACGCGUCCAAGCCGCUGCCCGUCUUCCGCUGCGAGGAUCUGCCCGACUUGGCCGAAUAUGCCUCCAUUAACCGGGCCGUGCCGCAGAUGCCCACGGGCAUGGAGAAGGAAGAGGAGUCGGAACAUCAUCUCCAACGGGCUAUCUCAGCACAACAAGUAUAUGGAGAGAAGAGGGAUAAUAUGGUUAUACCAGUCCCAGAAGCAGAAAGUAAUAUUGCAUACUAUGAAUCCAUAUAUCCUGGAGAGUUUAAAAUGCCAAAGCAGCUGAUUCACAUACAGCCUUUUAGUUUGGACGCUGAGCAGCCAGAUUAUGACAUGGAUUCAGAAGAUGAGGUCUUUGUCAAUAAGUUGAAGAAAAGAAUGGAUAUCUCUCCUUUACAAUUUGAAGAGAUGAUAGACCGACUAGAAAAGGGCAGCGGUCAGCAGCCAGUCAGCCUGCAAGAGGCCAAGCUGCUGCUGAAAGAAGAUGAUGAAUUGAUCAGAGAAGUAUAUGAGUACUGGAUUAAAAAGAGGAAAAACUGUCGAGGGCCCUCUCUUAUCCCAGCAGUGAAACAAGAGAAGCGAGAUGGCUCCAGCACAAAUGAUCCUUACGUUGCUUUUAGGAGACGAACAGAAAAGAUGCAGACGAGGAAAAAUCGAAAAAAUGAUGAAGCAUCCUAUGAGAAGAUGCUUAAACUGCGUCGAGACCUGAGUCGUGCAGUAACCAUCCUGGAGAUGAUAAAGAGAAGGGAAAAAAGCAAGAGGGAGUUGCUGCAUUUAACACUGGAAAUUAUCGAAAAGAGGUAUAAUUUGGGUGAUUACAGUGGAGAGAUUGUGUCUGAGGUCAUGGCACAGCGGCAGCCAAUGAAACCUACCUAUGCUAUUCCCAUCAUUCCUGUGACUAACAGCAGUCCUUUCAAACAUCAAGAAACUAUGGAACUGAAAGAAUAUAAAGUUAACAAACAGGAUAAAUCUGAUGUUAUUCGGCCUAAAAGAAAGUAUGAGAAGAAGCCAAAAGUCUUACCUUCGUCUGCUGCUGCUACUCCUCAACAGACGAGUCCUGCUGCACUGCCAGUCUUUAAUGCUAAAGAUUUGAAUCAGUAUGAUUUCCCUAGCUCGGAUGAAGAACCCCUCUCCCAGGUUUUGUCUGGUUCUUCAGAGGCUGAGGAAGAAAAUGAUCCCGAUGGUCCUUUUGCCUUCCGUAGGAAAGCAGGCUGUCAGUACUAUGCUCCUCAUUUAGACCAACCUGGCAACUGGCCAUGGAGUAGCCCUAAAGAGGGAAGAUUAGGAGAUGUGCGUUACAGAUACUGCUUAACCACUCUGACAGUACCCCAGAGGUGUAUUGGGUUUGCACGAAGGCGGGUCGGCCGUGGAGGGAGGGUGCUACUAGACAGAGCACAUUCGGACUACGAUAAUACAUUUCAUCAGCUGGAUUUGGAAAUGCUUUCCUCAUCACAACACUCUUCAAUCAGUCAAUUUGCCAAUACCUCAGAAACAAAUACCUCGGACAAAUCUUUCUCGAAAGACCUCAGUCAGAUACUAGUCAAUAUCAAAUCAUGUAGAUGGCGGCACUUUAGGCCUCGGACACCAUCCCUACAUGACAGUGACAAUGACGAACUCUCCUGUAGGAAACUGUACAGGGGUGUAAAUCGAACAGGCACAGCACAACCUGGGACCCAGACAUGCAGUACCUCUAUACAAAGUAAAAGUAGCAGUGGUUCAGCACAUUUUGGAGGCUUUGGUUUUUGUCCUGAAGACCUGGAGAGAGGUUUCCUCCAAGAGGCGGGAGGUGAUUGGAUUCGUGAUGAUUUUUGCACCUGAAGAAGCAGGAGCUGUUCUGAUACUGGCUGUCAAACUGCUCAGCAUUAAAAAGAAAAAAAAAAAACAAAACAAAACCAAAACUGUAUGGAAGAUGGAGUUGUUACCACAAGAUGUUCUAUGUCAACUGAGGAAGGGAUGUCUUAAAUCUCUUAGAAGUUCCGUGGAAGCAUGGCUUGUACUACGCUUGCCUUAUGUGGAAGGUUAGACUUCAGCAGCAAGAUGGAGUAGCCAAGAAAAGUAGCAUCACCUUUGAAGAGGGGGGUGGUCCCUUUUCAUCUUGCUGAAGAACUAGAAAAGAUGCUUUGUUACCUUGUAACAAGAAAAGCUGAUUUGAGGAUUUUCAGGCAUAUUACCCAGAGCACCAGUAAAAAGUAGGCAAGAGUGUAAUAACAUGAUUCUGGUGGACUGACUGUUGUUCAGUGGGGAGAACUGUUCACUCUGAAUAAAAUGAACAAAAAUACUUCAGAAGCCAGUACUGAUGAGUCUAUGUGUCCAGAUUAUAAUCUUUGAGAUGUGGCUUUUGCAUAUCUUAAUAAUUCAGAGUAUGGAGUAGGUGAGAAUGUUCAUCUGAAGUAUGUGUAUGCCAGAAGCUCAUUUUUCCUUGUUGUGUUGAUGGAUCCAGUUAGCCAGGCAAGUGGCAGGCAGAUGGUUGUCUUCACACUGCGUUGAGUUCUGGAGACUUCCUCCUGCAGGCUUGUUUUGUUAUUAACAGCUGCCCUCACUAUUUGAAUGUAUCAUCUAUUAAUCUCAAGUUUGAGACCCUUGCAGCUGUACGGUGUAGAUCAUUCUAUCCCAGCCUUGUGUGUAGUGGGCAGACGAGAGACGUGUUACUAGCAAGGAUGAGAGGCUCUGCAGUAAGAGCAGGCUUCUGUGAUGCAUUCUGUUCUUUUCUGCCUUCUUCGCAUGGAGAAAUUGGGUCUCUUUGGAGAUGACUGACAUACAGAACAUCAUUAAGGAAUCCAGAAUAGCUUACCUUGCAUUUCCUUUCUUGUAAACUGGAGGUGCAGAUAAUUUGCUACAAGUUGUUUGUUGGUAUUCAGUACCUUUGUAUGUGGGAUUUUUAUAGGAAAAUUAUUUUUCCCAGUAAGCUUUGCUGCUUUUCAGAAGCAAGUUAAGAUGUGCAAAAGAAGCAAGUUGGCCUGUGCACACUGAAGGGCUUAGUGGGAUGGUGAGCUAUGCUUUCAUUUCCCAAGUGUUUGUAGCAUUCCUGUCUCCAGUUGUGUAACGAUGCGUGAUGCAUCACUGCAGGUUUCUGGUAGUUUUUGUGCUUAUUGUGUUCUCGUUAAGGGUAACUGCUGCCCUUCCUGUGCCCUCCUGCCUCCAGCAGAGGCACCUCUUUCCUGGAAGGAAGCUGGAGGAAGCUUCUCAACCUCUUUGGCAGUUCUUAAUUCCAGAGCAGUAGGAUCUGUUGUGUUUUAUCUUGCUUUUGUGCCAUCGCUGGCUGUUCGGGUCUUUACUUAAUCCUUGUAGUAGCUUCCACACUGCUGUCUGCUUUGCUGUUCUCCAGAUAUCUGUUUUACUUUGGGAAGGAAAUCCUGGUCAGUGAAAAUACUGCUGCUUUUAACAGCCCCUUUCAGUUACUACUGGGAAUUAAGAUUCUUAGCCCCUCUGUGGUCAAGAUGUUGAGAUCCUAACUGAAGAAGCAAUGAGUUCAAAAUUAGAUGCACUUUGGGAGUAGCAGGGGUGUUUAUAGCCUACCUUAGAGUUGGUGGAAGGAGGAAAUGUUGAGUAGAAAACCUGUUUUUCUGGGAAAUGGUGUGACUUGGAGGAUGGGUGGAGGACAGGUGCUUACUGAAACAACUGUACCCUUGUCUCUUUGCAGAGACUUUGUAGUUGUACUACUGCUUCUUGUUCAGCUUUAAGUCAGUUGAAGUAAGACCUUGCUCUGAAUUGUUGGGUCCAUGGGUGUAAAUUGUUACUUUAUCUGCAUUCCAUGCAUGAAUGGUCACACAUUGACUGUAGAGUAAACUGUGUGUACCUCAAGUAACCCAUGGUGUUCCUUGGGAAAUAUGUAUUUAGGACGAUGGGCAGCCAGAUACCAGGGCAUAGUGAGCACUUCUGGCUUUCAUUCAAUGGUCAGCAGUAAAAACCUUUGUUAGUCAUUAUUUUCUGAUAGUUCUCUAACUGCUGGGUAGGGAGUACACAUGCACAUCUGGCAUCUAGUUUAUAACCUGUAGCUCUGGAAUUGUAGAGUUCUGACAGUAGGAACUUCAGGCUGAGUUCUGUUGGGCCGAAAUAUAAAGCUGUGUUAGAAGUAAUCGGAGGCUUAAUAAUUCAUGUUCUCAUAGUGUCUUAAUAAUGCCUUUUUAAAGGAAAUCAAUCCUGAACUUCUUUUCAGAAAGUGAGACAUCUUUGGGCCUGGUGCAUCAAACACUCAAUCACUCUAAUGGCUCUAAGUCUCUCCAGUAUUCUGAAUUCACUGGUGAGAACUUGCUGUGCAAUAGAACGUUUUUAACUAGGCAGUGUAAGCCAGAUAACAUCUGUCCUAUGACAAAAAUGUGAUGUUCUGGAUUACCUAGGAUUGUGUGUUAUGUGUGCUUUGCGUGCACUUCGGUGUUAGUAACAACUCAUUGUUCUCUUGUACAGCAAAUGUGGUGCUCCGGUGUAUUUCUCUUAGGAAGAUACUGUAACAGGAGUUACGGUUGUCCUCCUUCCCGCACAGUUCAGCAGUUCAGUAGUUGUAGAACUUCAUCAUUUGGAAGCCUUGGUUGUGUGGUCUUUCAUCUUUUCACCUGAUCAGCAGCCUUGUUAACGGCCAUCACCUCAGCCUGAAGGGUCAGAGAAUCCUCUUGGAGGAUUAUUAGAGAGGUGUUUUUCUCCAAUAUGAUAUUAAUGCUUCUGUUUUUGUACAGAACUCUCACUUCUCCUUGUGAGAACAGAUACUUAACUUUUUUUUAAAUGACUGAUUAUCUGGAUCUUCAGAUACUUGGUGGGCUUUAAGCAUUGCCUGAAUAGUUUAAUCAAAGCAUCUUCCAUUCAGGUG